AUGGGCCAUCAUGGGGGCUACUACCUGAAGAAAUUUAUUGGUACUUUUUCAGUGUUUGGCGAUACACUUCCAAGCCACUGCUUCUAUUCAAUGGCGCCUCUUUCGGUAAGUAAUCCGACGUUUGCAAGAUAUGAUUCUGACGGUGGUAUGGUUGUUUCAGUAUUCGGUCUCCUUGGAGGUAUCGCAGCUUCCUAUACAGCUGUGUGUGAAUUGUUGGACGCGAAAAUGGCACCGCCUUGUUAUGUUCAAUGGUUCACUACCGGUUUGCAUGUGGCUGUUUCAAGUGGAGCAUCAACCCAUUGCUGUGGUCCCUUCAUGAAUUUGACUGUUAGUGGAGCUGAUCCGUUACAUGUCUGCCUAUAA